AAAAAAAAAAAAAAAAAAAAAAAGAAUUGACCACUACUCAACAUAGGUCGUAGAAAGAGACCCCGCCAUCAAAAAGGCCAAAAACCGUACCCGCGGUCAAGAAAAAUGGGUCAGGAGUCUUCGCAUCUCAUCGACCCGGACACACCGCCAGAGACAUUAUCGGAGCGCAGUCUUCGCGCUGUCGCACAGCUUAUCAAAGAUGGCGGCGCAAAAAAUAUCGUUGUUAUGACCGGCGCCGGUAUCUCUACCGCGGCUGGAAUACCCGACUUUCGCUCCCCUAAGACGGGGCUAUAUCACAAUCUUUCUCGCUUCAACCUCCCGCAUCCGGAGGCUGUCUUCGAGAUCGAUUUCUUCCGCACUAACCCGGAGCCUUUCUACCUGUUGGCGAAAGAGCUUUACCCCGGAAACUUUAGCCCGACAGUCUCACAUGCAUUUAUCGCCCUACUUGCUAAAAAGGGUCUUCUCCGCAUGCUUUUCACCCAGAACAUAGAUUGCUUAGAGCGCGUUUCUGGUGUGCCUUCCGAGAAAAUCGUUGAGGCUCAUGGCAGUUUUGCUACGCAGCGCUGUAUCGACUGCCGUACUGAGUUCCCUGAUGACCUGAUGCGCGAGCACGUUAAGCGUGGCGAGACUCCACGAUGUAUCCGAAAGAACUGUGGGGGUCUUGUCAAGCCCGACAUCGUCUUCUUCGGCGAGCAGCUCCCUGAGACGUUUUAUAAUAACAUCUCGAUACCUAACACCGCAGACCUAAUGCUUGUCAUGGGCACCAGCUUGCUGGUACAUCCGUUCGCCGGUCUACCGCAACGGGCACGUGAAGGUGUGCCGCGCGUACUUAUCAACCGCGAUCGUGUAGGCGAUAUGGGCUCGCGUGCAGACGACGUCUUAGUCUUAGGGGACUGCGACUCCGGGAUCCGAAAGCUAGCGGAUGAGCUAGGAUGGGGCGAUGAACUAGAGGCGACAUGGAGAGCCGUAGUCGGGGAAAAGGAAGCAAACCGACAACUAUCCAAGACGGAGAAGGAGGAGGAGAUCCGCGACGAGCUUGAUCAGCUAGCCGAGGAUAUGGAUAAUAAGUUGGGCAUCUCCGAGGGCGACGACGACAAAUCCGAAGCUAACGUCGCGAAGCAGGGAGAGGGCACAACGACUGUUGGAACGCAUGGACCGGAUCGUGCUAAGGCAGGCAUUAAGAAGAGCCCUGCGCCUAGUGAUGCAGCACAGCUCGUGGACGACGGCGAGACGGUUCCGGCGAAGAGCGCUGAGAGAUUGGAUCGAGAGGAAGGCCAGAAAGAUGAGGGAAAGGAUGUGGAGGCGCGAGAGCAGGAUAACGCGAAGAUGAGUUAUGAGCCACUGCAGCCUACGAAGGAGAAGCCUGUUACGGUGGACGACAGUGUCAGGGCGGAGGACAAGGGCGGAGGUGAUAAGCCUGCGCUAUAAGCUCGCCUUUGGGUAUUUGGUGCGGUAUAUACCUACCUUGCAUACCUUACAAAUCAAAACCACAAGUCCGUAGCGGAAUCUUGUCACGGUCUCAUGUGUGAGUUGUCGGUUGUGGGUUAUGUAUAGAUUAUCGUCUAUAAAGACGGGCGGCCGGCCGGCCGUGUAUAGAUGUGAGAGACAAUAUAUACCCACCAGUGUUUUGAGAUACAGAUGAGGCGGGUUUGUGUUGCUCUUUAGUGUAGAGAUAUAUAUAAAUAUCGAUGUGUGAAUGAUACGAGUUGAAAGCGAUACUAAUACAACCGAGUGAGCUUACUAGGUGGUUUGCUACGUACCUCUAUGAAGCGAUUAGGUUACGUAUCUAGGUACCUAGGUAAGCAGGCAUUGGAUUAUAUUGUUUUCCUGCUGGGUAUCGGAGCAAGAGAGUUCAUAGUCGAUGGAUAGUACCUCCUAAUACUUGGGGAAAAGUUAUAGGAGAUACUACUUUUAGGAGGGCCGCAUCCUACGAGACUGUCAGUAACGAACGGUAACAUAAUCUACUC